AUGACUUCCACUACCCUGAUCUUUCUCCCUCCAGAGCUAUGGCAAGAAAUAGCAUCCUAUCUAACAAACCGCGACUUCAAGUCCAUGCGCCUCGCCGCCAAACAAUUCUCGAGUGCAGUGGAUCUACGUUUCCGGCGAGUGUUUUUGUCAGCCAAUCCCCUGAAUAUCGAAGUCUUUCGGGCUGUCGCAGACCAUGAGAGAUUCAGACACCAGGUCAAAGAGAUCAUCUGGGACGAUGCCCGACUUCCCAGGGGUUCUCGCAAAAGUCGUUACCUUCCUGGCUUUGGAGGUCCACUGGUGACAGACGAGGACGCCAGUGAUAAUGAGACGGGGUUGCCGUCUUUUCAGAGACCCUAUGGUCGAUGGUGGCCUCUCGAAUACAUUUGUGGUGAAUACGAAGAUACGGAUGAAAAUUACGAGGACGAGGACGAUCGAGACCAUUACACCCAGCUACGAAAAUGUUCAAAUUUCGGAAAAGGCGUUUGUCCCAGGUGGUUCAAGGUUGGAUGCGCCGCGAGUGUUGAAGAUGCUUACUGGCGCCAGAAGUUUGACGAUGGGAUGGCGGGGCUCGACAGAGAGCAUCCGGAUUACAAGAGCGUGAAAAAGCUGGGCUCGAUAGGGUAUCCGCUGACUACGUGCUGGCAGUUUUACCAAUAUUUAAUCCGGCAGCAAGAAUAUGUCCUGGCUUUCAGGUGCGACGAAGAAGCAUUCAUUCAUGGAUUGAAACAAUUCCCUGCACUCACAAAGAUGACUGUCACGUCUGCAGCUCAUGGCUUUCUUUUCAACCCGCUUUAUCAGACUCCCAUGAUUCGAUCCUUACCGGAAGGGCUCUAUUAUCCCAUGCCUCGCGGGUGGCCAAUUCCCCAUUCCAAUCAAAGGUUUGAGGUAUGGUCGCUUCCUUGGAAACGGCUCGACGAAAGGCAGAAAGAGCAGUUCCACGGUUUCCGCAUCGUGACACGCGCGCUCGCUGAACAAAAGAAUAAUGUCGUCGAGUUCAGUGCAGAGUCCCGCCUUCUUCGCACGGGGCUCAACUGCACGAUGCUUGAUGACACUUGUGAGGAAUACCAUCACUUGGCCACGCUUCUCAAGAAACCGGGCUUCCGUCGCCUCGAUCUUUGCUUCACUCUCGCCGGAACAUGGUCUUCAUUUCCCCAUAAAAAGCUCCAUGAUAUAUUACGUGGAGCACGCGAUCUCCAAGAGCUCAGCUUCGCCACCACGGGAUAUGACAUGGACGAAGAACGCAAAGAUCUGAACGUCACCCCUGUGCCCCUGAAGGACAUGUUUCCUAUUGAGAGCUGGCCCAAGCUCCAACCCUUUGAGCUAUCACGAUUCAUAGUCAGGGAAUCUGACCUCAUAUCGUUCCUUUCGGAGCUACCUGUCACUGUGCGAUCCGUGAAGUUAAGCUUCUUAACAUUCCUGGACAACGGAAAUCACUGGCAUCCUUUCCUCGAGAAGUUGCGGAAGGAAAUCCGGGAAACCCGUCUCUGGUCCGAUCGCCGGCGAAAUGUGACUGUUGGCUUCAUGCAAGAUAGAUCUCUUCCAGGGCGUGCGAGAUGGAUUGGAAAGGAGGUUGAUGAAUUCUUGUACGGGGACGGUGAAAACCCGUUCCGUGAUCCUCCAAUUGAACAUCCCAAGGGAGGGUAUGGAAGUUUGAAAGAUCUAUUGGACCCCAGCAGAGUCUUUCCAGGUUAG